AUGCCCAUGGACGACCGUUAUGUGCCGAGUGGUUGGCUACAUAAAUCCGCUCGAUUCAGCCUACUACAUCCACUGAAAAUGAGAUACUUUGUGCUGCUCGAUAAAGAGUUGCGAUACUACAAGCAUCCUGACGACACUCACGCAGCAGGUGCCAUUCAACUCAGGGACUUCCAGGACAUUGAAGAGCACAACACAUCAUAUUUGUUUGGCUUUAAACUGGUGUCAGAGACCAACAAAGGGCAUUGGAUACCCAUAUUGUACGCCGAAACUAAGGAAGAACAGCAGUUGUGGAUGAAACGAAUCAAGACAAUUCUCAACAGACUGUCAAACUGCUCUCAUUGCUGUUCAGCGCACUUUUGCUCCUUGGAUUCGCAUCACUAUAAUGACAGAGACAGUGGCACACACGGCCAUCAUGCUUUACUCAGUGUGCUAGAUAGAUGGCUCAACAAGCUGGAUUUAUAUGAUGGGUCUGAUGAUGAUUCAGACUAUUUUACAAGGCGAUCCAACACUAGCAGCUCUCCAAAUCAUAGUCGUUCCAAUAGCAAUGGGGCUGGACACUCAUCGUCCUCCACAUCCAAGCACAGAUCAAACGAAUCUAUCCGCACAAUAGAGUACAAUGGCAGUCUAUAUUCUGAACCUGCGACCAUGACUUCUAGUAGCCAUGCAUCCACUCUUAGCAGUGGCUAUCAUAAUAAUAAGCGCCAGAAGUCGGCACCCAUCACAUAUCAUCCCACGGGCCAUCAUGAUCAACGACGCCAAAAUUCUUCAGCUGCCAGCCUUAGCAGCAAUAAUACACAUCAAAGCUCUGCACUACCAUCUAAAGCUACUCAUAUUUCUCAAAUUACACCCUCUCAUCAAAUAACAAAACUACUCUCCAUAGAAUCUGAGAGACUGAAAUACGUAGAGACGACAUUGCAAUACUUUCAACAUCCUCAUAUACAUCGUUCAACAAGUAUGAAAUUUCGUUCCGAACUUGAAAUUUCCCUGUCUCCUCCUCCACCUAGAAGAUGA